AUCCCCAUUUGAUAAACAUAAAGUACGAGUGGCUAGUUUGUUGGGGGAAAGAAAGAUUCUCUUCAAGAGUUGCUCAAAAAAAAGUUAGGAGAGAAAUUUUUUAAUGGCAACUUCAAAGCUUCAAGCGCUAUGGAAUCACCCAGCUGGACCUAAAACCAUUCACUUUUGGGCUCCAACUUUUAAAUGGGGUAUUAGCAUUGCGAACAUUGCUGAUUUCGCUAAACCACCAGAAAAGAUCUCAUAUCCUCAGCAAUUAGCUGUUGCAUGCACUGGAGUUAUCUGGUCACGUUACAGCACAGUAAUUACACCGAAAAACUGGAAUCUUUUCAGUGUAAACGUUGCAAUGGCUGGGACAGGCCUGUAUCAGCUUUCUCGCAAGAUCCGGCACGAUUACUUCUCUGAGACCGCAGAGACUGAAGUUGUCAAAGAAUAAUGGCUAUUAGUCCUUUCAAUCUGUUGUCUUUUAUUUUUCAACUGAAUCUGUAUUCGAUCUUGGGAUAUAAAUCUGUCUGCAUUUCUUUGCAAUCAAAUUCUGUAAUUAGAUUUGCAACGGCAGAUUGUCUGCAGUUGAUCCUAUGUUAUCGUGUCUUUCAUAUAUCGUCCGAGAAAAUGCAGCUUUGACUCUUGUGUCGUGUGUCUCUUUGGGUUGGUUACCUUCGAAACUAUUGAGAUGACAGUAAAGACAUCUCUGGACAUCCAAUGCUUUUAGCGUCAGCAAACGCACAGCUGGUCAUCUGUUUGUGAGCUGCAUUUUGCAAUAAAGCUGUGAAGUUAUUUUUCA